UUUUGUAUUACAAGAAUAUAAGAGUAAGGUAAAAUGAAGGGCAUGAGUAUGUAAAUAAUAGAUAUUAUUAUAGAAUAUCCAUUGUGUAGUCUCAGUGUUAUCCUGAUAUCAACCCGUCUCAGUUUAGUCCUGAUCAUCUAUAGAGCGACUCCACCAGAGAGAAGAUGUUCUAUUUCUAUAGAGUUCUUCUUAUGGCUCAUGGGACCGGGUCAGGUUCUGGUGAAAUCAGAUGACAUCAUGCAGGGAGGCCAAAGUCAGGGUAUUUGAUGAACAAAAAACGUUACGUCACCAUAAAAGAAGCAGUGCACAUGGCCGAAAAAAUGAUCCCUCCGAUAUCAAACAAGAGGCCAUUGAACAAUAAUAAAGGCUCCAAACAGACAGAGAAAGAGACUGAGCAGACACCUGCCAAUCAAGACAAAUCUCCACCAAAGAAGAAGAAGCCUCCUUCGUCAUCAUCCACUCUGGAGUCAGCCGGUUUAUUCGAGGCGACAACUGCAGGUGCGAGUAAAGACAUCACGAUGCUGCUGUCAACAUUUUCUGAAGUGUUAAGCGAGCGGGCGGCGGGCGACGCCUCCCAGAUGAAGGAGCUGCAGGGCAUCCUGACCGAAGCCCAGAAGCUCGAGUCCUAUCUGAGGGAGAAGAAGAAGCGCCUGAGGCAGACGCUGGCUCUGAUUUCUGACAAACUGCAGGGCUGAGUCUGCUGCUUGGACGGUUACCUAGCAACACAGUUUGUGAAUAACGUAUUUAUUGUUUAUCGUUCAGCUUAUGUCAUAGUCAUAUCGAUUGAUAAGUGACACAAAUAUGUGUAAGCUGUUAUGACUCUUGAUGAGAAAAGUGUACAUUUUGUGGUUACUUCUGAAAGAAUACUAAAAAUAAAAUGUUUGUAA